CUUAUAGCAUUAGAAUCGAGAAAUAAUAUAAAUCGUGGUUGGAAUACUCAGAUUCUUCGUUUCUUUAAUUUUCACGCUGUAAGAGCAAUAGAGGAAGACUGACAUUCUCCUUCUUUCUUUAUUACACGAAGUUCUGAAUCCAGAGGACCUUGAAUUUAUGAGUGUUUAUGAGAUUACGAACCGAGUCGUUAGGUUAUUGAGGUUCGUUCAUUUAUUAUUUGUGAAAUGUGGCCAGAAGAAUAUAUAGAAUUAAAGCACAUCCAAGAUUUGUUGUUAUGUGGAAUUUGUUACGAUUUUAUGGACACCCCAGUUAUAACAUCUUGUUCUCACAGUUACUGUUCACUAUGCAUUAGAAAAUAUUUGCAUUAUAAAACUCAAUGUCCAGCAUGUUUCUCAGAAACAUUCGAAAAGGAUUUGAGGAAAAACAAAGUCCUAGAUGAGAUAAUCAAAUAUUUUCAAUUAAUUAAAGACAAAUUGAAGAGGACAUUGGAAAUUUAUAUACAGUUCUCGAACAAUAACCAGAACGGAGAUAAAUCAAGUGAAAACAGAUUUUCUGAUGAAUACAAUAAUGCAACUGAUAUACAGAAUGUUAUUUCAUACACAAGCAGUAACAAUAAAUUACAGAAUUCGAUUUUUGAUCAUGUAUACAAUACCCCAACGAAAAAGAAUGGUGUUCCAGCCUCGAAAAGUUUUUCAACGAGUGACAUAGCGAUGAAAACUGUUGUCUCACCGUCCACCAGCUAUUUGCUGGUUAAACAAACGUCUAGUCCGAGUCCUAGCACCAGUAGCAAAACUAGGAUACCUUUAAUGUUCACACCAAAAAGUAAAAAAAGAAUCGUACCAACGAAUGCGAUGGAAGAUGUCAAAACUGUUGUGUGCCCAGUUUGCAAAGUAGUAAUUUCGGAAAUGCAUAUAAAUAAGCAUUUGGAUGAUUGUUUAAAAAGGGAGACGACGAAGGAGAGGCGACCACCGAUCAUAUCAACUCGAAAACCAUUGCCGAAGUUAGUUUUCAGUUUAAUGAAGGAUGCGGUGAUUAAGAAGAAAUUGAAGGAAUUCGGAUUGUCUGUUCAAGGAGAUAGAAAAGCGAUGGAGAAUAGAUUGCAAAGAUAUACUAUUUUAUAUAACGCCGAGUGCGAUAAAUCUAUGCCUAGGUCUGCUGCAGAAUUAGUUAAGCAAUGCGAGGAAGAGGAGAACGUGGAAAAGAAGAUUAAUAAAACCUCGAUUCUUAAUAAGUUACAAGUUACUAGAAAUACGGAAGAAAAUGUUAUCGAAGCAGAGAGGAAGAAAUAUCUGAACGCGAACAAGGGGAGCUUUGAAAAUCUGAUUAGGAACAUGAAAAGAACCAAAGCCGUGGAUUCUUCUCCGAAAAAAGCAUCGAUCAAUCAUAAUUUAUUAGAAAACGAAAAAGAAAAUACUUGUGAUAAUGUUCGGCCACACUCGUUCGAGCAUAAGAAACUGAUAAAGGAAACAAUAGUUGAAGCUGAGAUAAAUGAGUCUAUAAAUGAAAGUUCUGAUGAAAGUUAUAUAGUACCUUCUACUCCAACCGGCAGUGGCUACGACAAGGUAAAUUGCUACUUCACGAUCCAGGAUUCUGAUUCUGAAACUUCUUUAAAAGUAGAUAACGCUGAAAAGAAUGAUUCUAAAAAGAUGGAUUCGGAUGAAGAUAAUAACGUAAGUUCGGAGAAAGGAAAUGUGAAUGGAAACAUAAAUUCUUCGUGCCUUGGAAAGGAGAGCGAGAAUAAUUUGGAAACCUCGUACAGUUUGGUCAAUUUUGAAAAUUUUGCCAAGCAGAAUUUAGAAAAUGUAGAGGAUGAAACUGUGGAGAAACUGGACGAAAUGUCAGACAAUUCAUCCUGUUGUAAUAGCAGAAGUAAUCGUUCGUUUAGAAAGAGGAGUAGAGAACCAAGUUCGCAAUUAUCGAACUCUGUAAAUAAGAAGGUCAAGAACUCCACUAAUGAUUUUACUGUAAAUGAAGACGAAGAGAAAGAUGAGGAGUCGAGUUUCUUAGAUAGUUUAUUAGAAGAAGAGAAAGACUCUAUUUUCUUAAAGAGCUUGUUGGAAGGCGUAAGUGAGGAAACAGUUCCGGAAAAUAAAUCGAGAUCGAGAAAAAGAUUACCAAGGAAUCAAUCGACUAAAAGUAAUGAUAGUAAUCUUACUACAAGAAGAACUUCCAGGAGGAAUCCAAAAAAAUGAAAUUUCCAAAAAGAAGGACAAUCUAAUUGUACUUUGAUCUCAAACUUCUUUUUUCUCGAAUGAAAUUCUAUGUUAAUUUAUAAUCUUUCUACUGUACUGACGAUUAAUAUCAAUAUAUUAGAUCACAAUUA